GUCGUGGUACAUAAAGACUUGCAGCUAUCCUCCUACAACUCAUUCCAGUUAACAAGCCAUCGAUCGAAGAUAAACUGUAAGAAUGGGAGCCAUAAGCAGAGAGGGACCUCAGUAUUUUAAGCACACCACUAAACAGCAGUGAGACGUACCUCAGUUUUCAUGGUGGACCUACCGUUGCCCACCUGACGGAUGCAACUUUAAACACUUUCUUCAGAAGAUUAGCGUACAAAAGCUUGUUUCAGGAGGUGGAAAACAAAUCAUAUGACUUACGUCAUGUGAUUGAGGAAGUGAAACAUAUCGGCAUUCGGCAAAGUUAUAGAGCGGCACUUGGAGUGAAAUAUUUUAUACAGCUUUGAUAUUGUUUUCAUUUUCACGAACAGACUAAAACUGUAAGGCACUGUGUGCAGCGUAUAUUUCUAGAUUUCCUUUUAUGUUCUUAUUUUGCCCAGGAGCUUAGUAUAAUGUGGUGUUUUGUAAUUUCGCUGUUGGUUGGUGUAUUGCUUGUCAUCAGAAUAUCACAGUGUGUAGGACCACAGAUGUAUGGGUUAGAAGGCGACUGGCGGAUUAAAAACUUUAAUGGUUCUAUCAGUCUGCAAGGCAAGGUACCUGGCUGUGUUCAUUUUGCUCUGUUUCAACAAGGUGUGAUAAAGGAUCCUUACUACAGAUUUAAUGAUCUAGAAUACAGAUGGAUUGGGCUUGAUAACUGGUCAUACAGCAGAACGUUUGCACUGCCUUCCAAUAUCAGCACUUGGCAGAAAGUGAAUUUGGUAUGUGAAGGAAUGGAUACAGUAGCUACAAUUAUCUUGAAUGAUGUUACUGUUGGAAAGACAAACAACAUGUUCCUCAGAUAUGUGUUUGACAUCACAAAUCUAGUCAAGGAAGAUAAUUUCAUUCAGGUUGCCUUUCUCUCAGCUAUAUCAUAUGCUUCUCAACAAAGUGCUGCACACACUGCAUACACGGUGCCCCCGGAGUGUCCUCCACCUGUGCAAAAAGGAGAGUGCCAUGUCAACUUCAUCCGAAAGGAACAGUGCUCAUUCAGCUGGGAUUGGGGUCCUUCAUUUCCCACACAGGGAAUCUGGAGGGAUAUCAGAAUUGAAGCUUAUAAUAUUUGCACACUGACCUACCUGACUGUCACUCCCUUCUAUGUGAAGAAUGAUCAUCAGUGGGGUCUGGAAAUUGAAGCCUUUUUUGAAGUAGUCUGUUCUGAAUCUGUUGAUAGUAAUGCCACAAUUAGCAUUCCAGAGCUUAAGACAAAAGAAACCCAAAAGAUUAAGCUUUUGCCUGGAGAGAGCAGUAGUGUGUUGCGGGUAACUGUUGACAAGAAUAUUCCUGUGGAUCUUUGGUGGCCUAAUGGGCACGGAAACCAGACUGGCUAUAAUAUGAUGGUACAGUUUUAUUUUGAUGAAAAUUACAUCAUUGAAAGAUCGACUAAGGUUUAUUUCCGAACAGUAGAGCUGGUACAGGAGAAUAUUACUGGGUCUCCAGGACUGAGCUUCUAUUUUAAAAUCAAUGACUUGCCAAUUUUUCUCAAAGGUUCAAAUUGGAUUCCAGCUGAUUCCUUCCAAGAAAGGGUGACUACUUUCAGUUUGGAACGCCUUCUGCAGUCAGCAGUAGAUGCCAACAUGAAUGCUCUCCGAGUGUGGGGAGGUGGAAUAUAUGAACAAGAAGAAUUCUAUAACCGGUGCAAUGAGCUUGGAAUUAUGAUUUGGCAAGAUUUUAUGUUUGCAUGUGCCCUGUAUCCCACUGAUAAGGAUUUUAUUGAAUCGGUCAGAGCUGAAGUCACGCAUCAGAUCAGGAGACUGAAGUCACAUCCAUCCAUCAUUAUCUGGAGUGGUAACAAUGAAAAUGAAGCAGCAAUUGCUAAAAACUGGUACAACAUCUCUUCUCACAAGCAAAUCUAUACUAAUGAUUAUGUGACGCUUUAUGUGAACAAUAUCCAAGAGAUUGUUCAAGCAAAGGACAAGAGCCGCCCUUACAUCACCUCGAGUCCUACAAAUGGAGAGGAAUCUGUGCAGGAACACUGGAUUGCCGAAAACCCAUAUGACAAUCGUUAUGGUGACACACAUUACUACAAUUACACCAAAGACUGCUGGAACUGGACAGAAUUUCCCAAAACUCGGUUUGCAUCUGAGUAUGGAUUUCAGUCUUGGCCGUCUUUCAACACAUUGCAAAAGAUUUCAAUACCCGAGGACUGGUCUUACUAUAGUGCACUUUCUGAGCACCGGCAACACCACCUGAAGGGAAAUAAGGAGAUGAUGUCUCAAGCAGAGAUUCAUUACCACCUGCCUCAGAGUGCUGAUCCUGUGCAAAACUUCAAAGAUAUGGUGUACCUCACUCAGGUUAUGCAGGCCCAGUGCAUAAAAGUGCAGACAGAGUUUUAUCGCCGAAGUCGCAGUGAGAUAGUUAAUAAAUUGGGUCACACAAUGGGUGCCCUCUACUGGCAGCUCAAUGACAUCUGGCAAGCUCCUUCCUGGGCUUCUAUUGAAUAUGGUGGCAAGUGGAAGAUGCUUCAUUACUUUGCAAAGAACUUCUUUGCUCCUAUUUUACCAGUGGGGUUUGAGGAAGAUGAAACGCUUUACAUAUAUGGAAUUUCAGACCUUCACAUUGACUGGCGUAUGGUGCUUAUGAUAAAUGUAUACCAGUGGUACAGUCUAGAGCCAGUCUGUGUACGUGCUACUGAGUACUUGACUAUUAAGGCUGGGAGUGCAAUUUCCAUUUAUAAGGAGACAGUUGCAAGUCUGCUGGAGAGAUGUAGCAGUUGUACCAGACAAAGCUGUGUCGUAACAUUUUAUUUGCAAGUCUAUGGGCAGCAAUAUGGACCUACCAAUCAUCACUUCCUAUCUUCCCUGAAGGAUGCAGUUGGACUAGAGAAACCCCAACUAAAUGCCACAGUUAAUCAUCAAGGUGAAGCAUUCACUAUCACAGUACAGACCACAGGUAUUGCUCCUUUUGUUUGGUUGGAUGUUGGUGACAUUGCUGGACGGUUUGAAGACAAUGGCUUUCUCAUGUUGCAGAAAACAAAAGAGGUGACUUUUUAUCCUUGGGAGCCAACCAGCACUGCAGAACUAACAAAAGCUUUGAAAGUCCACUCAUUGCUAGACAUUUAUUAAGGGAAUCUGAUGAACAAAGUGUUGUCUUCCUUUGGCUAAUUAAUCUACUUGAAAUGACUUUGAGAAAAAAAGGCUGGUCCUUGUAAAUUAAAAAUCUUAGAAGGUAAAAUGAAGGAAACGGCAAAUUCUGUCAUAUCCUGCAAUUAGAUGUCAUCAAUUAAAAUUUGCAAACUGUG